AUGGUCUGUGUUUGUGUGUUGACAGAACUGGACAAACUGAGUGGUCAUUUCCAGCUGCUGUCAGCUCUGCCAGCAGCCAAACGCUCCUCUCUGCUCCAGCUCCUCAAGACAACCAUGGAGGUCAGAGAGGCAGUCAGUGUGCUGGAGAGUGUGCUGGAUCAGAUGUGUGAUGGUGAGACUCCUGACCUGGGUGAUCUGGAAGAGUCUGAGAGGAAAACAGUUCAGGCCAUACUGGAUCUUGUAGACCAAUGUGUUGGGAAGGAUGAGGACGAGAUCAGAUCCUCUCUUCUCAGUGCUGUCCACCUCAUUGUCAGUGCCUUCGACGGAAUGACAGAUGAGGGUCUCUCUGUGUUGGGAUCCUGUUGCAGUCCUCCAGUCUUACAGGCCCUGCAGAUCCUGGUGCAGCACGUGGCAGCAGGGAGUGGAGAGACCCUCUCGCUGAGAGAUGCAGGUCUGGCUGUUCUGACUGAGGAGGAGGUGUUUGUGAGGACAGAGAGUCUCUUUGGUCACUCUGAAGUUACACUGAAGAGAGAAGAGGACACACUGAGGACAGAGAUGAAGGACCAGCCUGGAAACCUUCCUCUUGUCAUGAGUAUCACUGUGAAAGGCCUGGCCUCUUUAGUGUAGAGGAGAGAG